AGACCCUGUCUAGUAACCAUUUAUUCUACAAUUUAUUCAUAUUCAACCGAAAUACUCUCAAGGAUCACUUGGCUUUUGUGAAGAAACUGUCCUUGUGCAGUUUUUUUUUUUUACUGAGAGGAUUUUAGAGGCAUCCUGCCACAUCUUCAGAGGCAUGAAACAGCCCACUGCCAAAACUGAGAUGCUCCAUUUCAACAUCUCCCCCAAAGAAAACAGCAUCAGCACCAACAGCUAUGAGUACCCCUACUGGGACUGUCCCAAGGUCACACUGAAUGGCCAAUACUCUGACAUGGAGGCAGAGAGUCAAAACUUCCUCCCUGAACACAACCUGGGCAAGAAGAAGUAUGAGACCGAAUAUCACCAGGGCAAUGCUUCCUUUGGGAUGUCCGUCUUCAACCUGGGCAAUGCCAUCAUGGGCAGUGGCAUCCUGGGUCUGUCCUACGCUAUGGCCAACACUGGCAUCGCCCUGUUUGUGAUUCUCCUCUUGGCUGUCGCCAUUUUAUCCUUAUAUUCUGUCCACUUGCUGCUGAAGACGGCCAAUGAAGGAGGUGCACUGGUGUACGAGCAGCUGGGUUACAAAGCCUUCGGGAUGCCGGGGAAACUGGCCGCUUCCUGCUCCAUCACCAUGCAGAAUAUCGGAGCCAUGUCAAGCUACCUCUACAUCGUCAAAUACGAGCUGCCGAUCGUCAUUCAAUCCUUUGUGGGUUCCAAUGAGGAAUGGUACACUAACGGUAACUACCUGGUGCUGCUGGUGACACUCGUCAUAAUCCUGCCUCUGUCACUGCUCAGGAACUUUGGUUACCUCGGUUACACCAGUGGUCUGUCACUGCUCUGCACGGUGUUCUUUUUAACUGUGGUGAUCAUCAAGAAGUUCCAGAUCCCAUGCCCUCUGCCAAAGGACAUGUCCCACCUGAACACCAUCACUGUGGACUACAGCGAGGACGCAUGCACACCAAAAUACUUUGUCUGGAACUCUCAGACUGUCUACGCUGUUCCUAUCCUGACCUUCGCCUUCGUGUGCCACCCUGCCAUCCUGCCCAUGUACGAGGAGCUCAAAGACCGUUCCCGCAGAAAGAUGCAGGGCGUUGCCAAUGUGUCCUUCCUGGCCAUGUUCAUCAUGUACCUGCUGGCCGCCCUCUUCGGAUAUCUGACCUUCAACUUGAACGUGGAGUCUGAGCUGCUGCACACCUACUCCAAGAUCUACAAGGAUGAUGUGUUGCUGCUGAUCGUCCGCCUGGCUGUGCUGGCCGCCGUCACUCUCACCGUCCCCGUGGUGCUUUUCCCUAUUCGUACCUCUGUAAACCAGCUCCUGUGCACCUCUAAGGAAUUCAGCUGGAUCCGCCACACCAUCAUCACUGUGGCCCUGCUGGCCAGCACCAACGCCCUGGUCAUCUUUGUCCCCAGCAUCAGGGACAUUUUUGCCGUCAUCGGCGCUUCUUCUGCCAUGCUCAUCUUCAUCCUGCCCUCAGCUUUCUACAUCAAACUGGUCAAGAAGGAGUCCAUGAUGUCUGUGCAGAAGAUCGGGGCCACUGCCUUCCUGCUGUUGGGCUUCGUGGUCAUGAUCGGCAGCAUGACCCUCAUCAUCCUGGACUGGGUCCACAAUGCCUCAGCCAGCUCGGACUCAGCCGACGGACACUAAAGCUCCACCUCCUGCUGGGCCUGUCGAGGAGAGGGAGGCUCUCAGCGCAAGACUGCUACAGCCGCGCAACCAACAAAGAUCAGAAACCUAUUGUAAAAUGAAAAACACAAGAACUCACUUGAUGCUCGCCUUUGACUUCCUGAGCGACGAACCAUGCCAUUCCAAGAGAAUGUAUCCGAACUUUGUACAGUACGCUGUUAUAGGCCACAGAGAUGGUGUUUUCCUUGUUUUUCCUCUUUUUAUCCUAACCUUUUUUCUUUGUUGUAUUUUGAGUGUUGUUACAUACAGUUGGGAAGUAUUCUGCUUUUAAAAUGUUUUACAAUGAAGAACUUGCUUUUCGGUUGGGUGAUAACGAAGCUAACACCACCGCCAGAGUGAGGCUGAAAGGUGGCAUCAAGGAGGCGAAGCGGAGACAUCAGAAGAGACUGGAGAGAGACCGCAACACCAAAGAUAUGUGGCAGGCCAUC